AUGGCAGAAGUUGGCAUACACGAAGUAGAUCUGAAGGCGUCUCAGCAUAACAUCGUAAAACCCCUUGCGAGGAUAUAUCUUGUUGUCUCUGCCUCAUCAUUUGGUAGUCUUCCAGACGAAACUUCCCUUGCGAAUGCAGCUAACGUAGCUGGUGUGAAACGCGUUUUCUGGUCGUCUUUAAGCCUUUGA